UUGUGUUCCUUUCUUCAGAUCAAUAGAAAUAUGCAUCAAGGAAACCAAACCAGCAUCUCUGAAUUCCUCCUCCUGGGACUCUCCAAUGAGACUGAGAAGCAGAAUCUCCUCUAUGUGCUUUUCCUUAGAAUGUACCUGGUCACUGUGGUUGGAAAUGGCCUCAUCAUUCUGGCCAUCAGCUUGGACUCUUACCUUCACACCCCAAUGUACCUCUUCCUUGCUAAUCUAUCCUUUGCUGAUAUUUCCUCCAUUUCCACCUCAGUCCCCAAAAUGCUGAUGAAUAUUCAGACCAAGCGUCAAUCCAUCUCCUAUGAGGGCUGCAUCACACAGAUGUACUUUUCUAUUGUGUUUGUUGUCAUUGACAAUUUCCUCUUGGGAGUCAUGGCCUAUGACCGUUUUGUGGCUAUCUGCCACCCUCUGAACUAUACAACCAUCAUGCAGCCCAGGCUCUGCAUUUUGCUGACAAUUAUUCCAUGGGUCCUCAGUAAUAUUGUUGCCCUGACACACACUCUUCUGCUUCUUUCACACUUCUUCUGUGACUUGGCCUCUCUGCUCAAACUAUCCUGCUCAGACACAAUGAUCAAUGAGCUUGUGUUAUUCAUCGUGGGCUUAUCAGUCAUCACGUUCCCUUUUGCCCUCAUCCUCUUCUCCUAUAUCUGCAUUGUCAGGGCUGUCCUGAUAAUCUCAUCCACAGAGGGAAAGUGGAAAGCCUUCUCCACCUGUGCCUCUCACCUGACAGUUGUAUUGCUCUUCUAUGGGACCAUUGUAGGGGGUUAUUUCUUCCCCUCAUCCACUCACCCUGAUGAUAGAGAUAAAAUUGGUGCAGUACUAUUCACUGUGGUGACACCCAUGAUGAACCCCUUCAUCUAUAGCCUGAGGAAUAAGGACAUAAAAGGUACCCUGAGGAAGCUCAUCAAUAGGAAAACUUCCUGCCUUUGA